AUGACAAAGAAACUGUCGGCGAAAAGAAAAGUAGACAAGUGUCGUGACAUGCACCCUCGAGCUCGCCGCGGAGGGGGAGAGGGUGCGGGGACCAAUGGGGCGGCCUGCUCGGGCAGCAGGCGCGCCUAUUGGCCCUCCUGGGGGUGCAGCCCCGCCCCCUCCUCGAGGCUCGCCCUUAUUGAAUUAGGCUUAUCAUUCGAUUUCAAGUGGGGCAAGCGCGCGGUCCUACGCGCCAGCAAGCUAUCCUUGCGAUCCGAUAUCAUCUGUAAUCGACAUAAUUCGAUAUACUCGCGGCUCAUCCAAUUAUGCGGCUGUGAGCAUUCGCGACCUCUGACGCGA